AUGAUCCAAAUCCUAUUAAUUAUUGGACUAAUUACUGUCUGUAAUGCACAAUAUGGUGAAGUGGAACCGCCAGCUCCGAUGCCACCGUCAAAUUAUCCAUCGAAUGAUCUCGAAGAAAUCUCUUAUUCAAACAAACCUUCUUCGAGUUCAGAAAACUCCUACGAAAAUGGUAACAAACAGGUCACUCAACUUGAAAGUCAAUCAUCGCCACCUAUACAACUACCUCACUUCGUUGAAAACGUAACUUGUGGCUCACCGGUGGAAAGUCAAACAACAUCGGUAACAGUAACUCAAUCAACUGUCCACCAAAUAAGCAGACAACCAUCAUCCAAAGUUUCACAAUUUAAACAACGUACAACAACGGUUUUAUCGUCAAAACCUCAAUCGUCAAAACUUCCAACUCGAUCAUCAACUCCAAGAACCACGCGUCAAACAACAAGUCGAUCAGUAACCACACAACAUCCUCGGAUUACUUUCAUUUCAAAAAGACCUGAAUUAGUCGUGACACAACAACCGAAAACAUCACGUACUGUGCAAAUAACCAGCAGAAUAACUCGAAAUCAAACGAGUAAAACAUCUAGAACAACUCGUUUGCCAUCGUCGUCUACUGUAUCAAGGAGACCACAAAAUCGACCGAUCCAAUCUUCAGAUUGCAUAUCUGACACGCUUUUUGUGGUAGAUUCAACCAGCUCAGUAAGGCAAUUCUUUGAGGAACAUCGUAAUUACAUUGCUGAAAUCAUCAAUUUGAUUCUUCCCGAAUUUGACAAUGAAGCAAGGAUUGGAUUAAUUGAAUAUAGCAGUCCUUUACGACGUCAAAUUAAACUACCGUUUAUAGUACAUAAAAAUCGAACCGAAAUUGUCGAAACUGUUAAAAAGUUACCUUUCUUUGCCGGCAUAACUGCUACGGGAGCAGCAUUGGAAUUAGCUUUGCAGUUAUUGCAAAACCGACGUACCAAUAUGCUUACUAAUGUUGUCGUCCUUACGGAUGGUUUCAGUUAUGAUUUGGUGGAUGAGCCAUCAUUGAUGCUUCAUCGAUUACAAAAUGUUCGCACAUUUACUGUAACAGUUACCGAUUCAUGGAGGGAGUAUGAAUUAAAUACAAUUGCCGGUGAGCAAAGCAGAGUAUUUAAAGGAAGAAAUUCUGUACGAGAAUUGGCUAAAGCAUUAACAACAUGUGAUAAUGGAUUAUCCAAUCGUCGUGGUUCUCGACGGAAUAAUUUGCUAAAGUGA